UUUUACAGAAUGAAGUUAAUUUCUUAAUUUUCUCAAGAUGUCCUCUCUAAGUCAAAAAACUGUAUUUGUUAUGGACCAUACUCUAGCUGCUUCUUCUGGUGUGCAACUUGACAUGGAAAGUUUUUGCAAGCCUCGGCUUUCUGGAAGUGGAAUGUCAUUGCCCCAUGCGUCUCACUACAUUCCCCUCCUCCCUGUGGACAAGACAAUCUGGACAUGUGCUGUUGAGGCUAUUACUGAAUACUGCAGAAUUGUGUGGGAUAUUUUCCCUGGGACUCGGUUCAUCAGCCUAAUGAGUAUUGGAGGAGGUGCAGUUGAGAGGCUGAGCUCCUGGCAUCAGGACCAAAGUUUGAAUGCCAUCAUGCAGUUGUUGAUGGUGCUGGGGCCGGCACGACCAGGGACUGCAGACCUGUUGUCAGGCUGCUUGGCGGCACUCCAGAACCUCACAGAAGUCACGCCCGCUCAGAAGCUUCAGACGCAGCCCGUGGGCAACAAGGGCAGGGUCGUUGUGGUUACAAAGCUGCACAGCGACGAUGAAGCACGUCUCUAUUACCAGAAAUUCUGCGACUUAGUUGCCAAUGUCAACAGGUCUGUGGAUGGCGAUAAGGUACCGAUUGCUCACGUUCAGUUAGUGCUUCUCAGUUUUAUUGGAGAAAAAGAGCCGAGCAGAGUGAACAACGGGAGUUUAAGUGGCGGUGGCAGUGGCGUCAGUGGAGAAGUUGUGGAGAUGCAAUGUGGCAGCUGCGUUGCUGCUAAACUUUGUUCGUUGGUGGUUAGGCACUACAACCUCGCGUCAACCACAGUCACGGGCAUUCCUAUGAAAGAGGAGCAGAACGCCUCGUCCUCAGCAAAUUAUGAUGUCGAGCUUUUCCAUCCUGCUGAAGCCCAUGCAGCCACGGCAGGCGAUAACAGCAUUCGCACGACGCGUCAAGACACAGACUACCCCACCGUCACCCUCAAGUGGUCCACUCCCAGAACCAAUGCCAGUCAGGAACUGCACCAGUGCAGCACAGCCUUCAGAAUAACUUCUGUAGAUGUCAACAGCCGACCCUCCUCCUGCCUUACAAACUUCCUCUUGAACGGUCGAUGGGUAAUGUUGGAGAUGCCAAAGAAGACCCCCACACAACACACCAAAGUCAUGAGCCACAUGCUCGCCGCUCACGGUGGUGACAUAUACAUACAUACUCUGCUGACAGCCCGUACGGUCUUAGAAGACCCUCCGUCCAUCAGCGAGGGUCAGGGUGGAAAAGUGACAGAUUAUCGUAUCCCGGACUUCGCGCAACUGAUCCGCGCCAACAUGUUGGUCCCUUAUGGCAAGAACGGCCCCGAGCGCAGCCGCGAGCAGCUCGACCGCCACACCAAACACUUCCCCAUCACGCUGUCCCAGACGACGCUCUUCUCUAUAGGCCCUCCAAUUGAAUCUUUACUUAAAUUCAUCGUGCAAUCGGAGUUAACGGACGAUGAGGUUCUUGAAUGUAAGCAAGUUAUAUUCAGCUUACUCAAUGCGGAGGUACAAGGUGAUAGUCUUAAUACAUCACACAUAAGAACCAAGGGCCUGAAGAAAGAAGAUCAAUAUAAAGCCAUGUGGAAAGAAUUAGAACGCUUUCUUUUGGAUCACAACAGUUCCGCUAAUCACCAAAAAGUUUACGAGUGUUUCUUGCACUGCCACAGUAAAGAACCAGUGAGUGCUUAUGACAGCAGUUCUGGCGCCAGCAACCAAGAGUCAGUGAACAUCGACCAGGCGCUGGAGGAGCUGGACGCUGCAGUGGCAGCUAGUCUACCACGACACGGCGGCGGCAGCAAGCGUCACCAUGCCAAUGAGACAUCGAGCGACGGCAGCAAGAAGCGUCGCGUAACGCAGCCCUCCAUCACCAGCUCCACUUCUCCCUCCGUCACGUCGGGCAUGUCGCUCCUCACCAUCAUGAUGCAGAAAAUUAAGUCGUCGGAAGGAAAGUGUUUGCCUUUUGCUGGACAAUUGAAAGCUGAAAAUAACGUCACAAAACUUUAUGCAAAUUUCCAAAAAGAGAAAGAUAAGGAGGAUAUGUCAUCAAGGAGAAAGUAAUCGUGCAGUGGUGUUUAAUAUUCACUUCUGGUGAUCAGGGUGCAUUGCAUCAACGCGUGUAGGUUUAAAUUUUAUUGGAUAAGUCAUUUUAGGAGGCCGGACGUUUUUUGUGAUAGCACUCCUAACUAUUAUGCCAACUUGUGGAUUGAAUUGACAACAAAAAUUUACGUACUACG